CACGUGACGAAAACAUUUCUUGAAAUUUUGCAAUAAUUUGCAAAAAAAGUUAUUAAAACUCGAUAUACGCAGCGACUGGCUAACAAUCAGGACCAAAGUAUAGGACCAUCCAUAAAAUGGAGGAAGAGUCGUCCAUUUUAGAAAGUUUAAUUCAGCAGCACGCAAAUCACAAAUCCUACAACCGCAUGGUGUCAUGGGAAUUUUCUCAACCAAAAGAAGAGCCAAAUUUUAAGAAAGGGAAAACAUCGCGUCAUGAUAGCAAAGAUAUUGUUUCUGAGAUAGAGGAGUUAAAUAUUAGUGAAGAGAACAGUUGUGAAAGUGGUACUGAAAGCAUAGAUAGUGAAUAUUUUUCAGCGGAGGAUACAUUUGAUAGCAGUGGUAGUGAUAAUGAAGAUGUGAUAGAUCACAAUGAGGUUGAACAAUGUGCAGCAGAAAAUGUUAUUGCCAGUGGAUCAACUCAGCGUCACACGUCAGAGAUGAAUAAACGUGAAAGAAAGGGUUCUUCAAAACGGCAGAAAAGGAUGAGAAAACUAUAUAGAAUGGAAGAUCUCACAAUUCCAUUUUCAAACUCUGAUUCUCUAGAUUUAACCCUUCCCACUGACAUACUUGAAUCUAGUUUAAUUUCUAUUGAAAAACAAAUACCCAGUUUGACAGAAUUGUGUCUGAGAUCAAUCCAAACCAAAAGCAAAGCAGUACCACCUACCAAUGAUCUCCCACCUCUGCUAAAACGCAUGAUGCAUGUUCAAAGAAAUAACAAAAAACUCGAAUCAGUCCAAAUUUCAUGGCUUCACAGAACUUUGGCUUACAUUGAAUCUGUUCCAAAUAAUUUUUUUAAUGAAAAAGAAGCCAAUCCUAAAAAAGAUAAACACUAUGAAAGCAGGGGUGAAUGGCGCAACAUAGAAACAUUGACAUAUGAUGAUGUAUGGAAUGCACAGAACCAGCAAGUUGCUGGGUUCCAAAUGGGGACAUUUACUUUGCCAAUUUAUCAUAAAUCCAGAAGUAAAGAAGUAAAUUACUAUAGCAACAACAACAGGAACAACAACUACAACAAUAUCAUUUAUGCAUUAUCUGUGCUGGCUCAAACUAUAGAUCUCAUGUUACCUUGUGUCUUGGGGGACAAUGUUGCAUCAAAGAAUCCCUCACAAUCUGAGGAAGAAAGAAUGAAGAAAGCAGAGUUGACCAUGACAAUCAGGGUGAAGAUGGCAUUGAAUGCUAGGUACCCAAGGGUUAUAGAUUGCUUGUAUGAUGGGGCCAUGGCAUAUGUAUGGUGGGCUAGAGGUGACAUUGCCAAAGCUAGUCAGUGUUUUCUCUAUUUGGCUGAAAAUCAUAAACAUGCACGCACUCGUGCCAUGUACUUCAAUGAACUGGGACGUCUGUAUACUCAGAAUGGGGAUUGCAACAAGGCAUCAAGGUUCUUCUAUGCUGCUAAAGAUGCUGUACUUAGUAACAGUAAAUAUGCAAGAAAUGCUGGUGAUAUUCAGGCACAGUGUUUGACAUUGGCUGCAAAUGCUAUGGAUACUGGGUUGCUUUCAGUAGGCAAAGCUAGGAAAGCUGCUCAGGCAUGGGAUGUAGCAUUGAAGGCUGAUGUUGUAUAUGACGCUACAGUCCAGUAUGCCGCAGAGUCUGCCCUUAGAUGCUUCUCAGGGUACUCUCUUGAUCCUUCAUUGAAUUGGCACAAGGUUGUAAAAGAGCGUCUUAAUGACAUUGCCACCAAACAUGAAUGUCCGUUUUACCACUUGGCAAUUGUCAAUGCAAUGUUGGGCUCAGAGAAAGAUUCUUCAGAUUGCUACAGGUAUAUUGGUGCAAACUAUCACAUGUUUAAUGAUGAUUCGGAACCUUUGACUAACCCAUACGCUGCCAUAUUGGAUGCAGCCAAAGUUCAAGGUCAUAUUGAGCCAAUGAAAAUGCUUUGGAGGACAACCAUGUGCCAUCCAGUCAUCAGUCAAAGAAAUAUCACAAAUAUUGAAGUAGGCCAUUUCUGCUCUGAUACACUGAACCUGCGUAUAAAUGAUAGUGGCUACCUGACUGGUGACAUUCAGAUGGUGCUGCCACCUAUACAAGCUGUUCAGAUUGAUCCAUAUACUGGGUUACCUGUAUACCCCCAGACUCCUGCUGCUUCCGAGCCCUGGUAUGAUCUGCACAUCAAUGAAGGCUUAGUUAGAGAUGCAGAUAAUGUUGAACUUCCUAAAUUACACCUACUUUAUUCUGAUGAUCGCGAUGUGAAAGUACACAUUUUCAUUGCUACUUGCUACAGUCAAGAUCACACUGGUGGCAAUACACCAUCGCUGACUAACCACUGUGCAAUGGUGUAUUAUGAUAAGCCUGGAGGAGAAAGGGUUAAACUUGAUCUUAGGAAAAUAGCAAGACUACAAAUGAAACUGGCUAUAGAGGACAAGAUAAGGAAGGAAUGUGAUACGAAUGGCUAUAUGUCUUCAAUAAAUUGGCAAAAAGACAUGUUGGCCAUGGUGGAGAAACAUUACAAAAAUGGCUGGUCACUAUCAUAUGAUGAAAUGAAAUACUGUGUCAAAGAUCUGUAUGUUGAGAGGGAAACUCUGGCAAAGGAAAGACUGAAGAAAGAAAAAGAAAAGACUGGUCCAAAAAGUAGUAAGAAAAAACAGGGGCCAAAAUUCAGAAGAUCAAGAUAUCAUUACUACAAGGCAGCUCAGAAAAAGAAUAAAGACAAGCCACAGGGUUUUUCACUGGUACUGCUAGACUACAGGGUCUAUGGACGCACACUGUUAUUAUUUCUAAGGGCAAGCACGAGGCCUGUAACGUUUGAUCGUGUUAGAGGUGGAGAACAUACUAACAUAGCUGACAUGAUAAUGUUCAUCAACUGUGACAAUGGUGAGAGCUUCAGUGCACCAACCACACACUGUAAGGUCACACCAUUCGUGGAUGGGUGGUCACUUGACCCUGAACGCAUGGUCCCAAGGUCACCAAGGUCAGAAGUCAAGGUCUUUCCUGAUGCUGAGACAUUUACACUCAAGUGUUUGCAGUGUCUCGAAAAUACAAAGAAGAAGAGUGCUGUUACAUUUGACAAAAAUGGUGAAAUCCUAGAAUCAGGAGAGAGAGUUCUUAAAGAGACAUUUGAUUUCACAGAUGUCAUAGGGGAUACCAUGUUUGCAAUGAUAGACAGAGAACCAAACAGGGUAACUGGUUAUUCCAUAAAAAGAGGGAGGUACAGCAAUGAGACCAUAGAGCCAGUUGCUAUCAAGUGUGCUCAUAAACUGGUAUUCACUCUUACAACAGAGGGGCUUGUGAUUCUGCUACCUGAAUCUUUACAACCUGUUACCAUGACAACCAGCAAACUAUUUACUGAAGCAGACAAACUAUCAGAUGACAGAACUUUCUUCCAAGGAACCUACAGAAACAUGCAUGUUAUCAAAUCUUCCACAGCCAUGCACCCAAAUGCGGGAAACGUGGAAGUGGUGCGAUGUAUUCUGAGUCUAGAUUCGCUUGUCAUUGUGCUUCAAAUUCCCAUUGUUAACCAGUGCAGUCCAAGUUGUGUAGAACUGAUGCAGAGUGUGAAAGUAUCAGGACAACCCAUUGAUGCAGCAUUCAUACCAGAUGGGUUUCUAAUAACAGCUACACUAAAUAGGGACAGUGAUACCCUUUAUCGGGAACAUCUCUACAGAUUCUCUACCGAGAACAAACUGGUCAGCCUCCUGCCAUGCCUGGGCCGAGGACCUCAUAGCUUCACCACAACAUUCCUCACAGAAGAUAAUGAGUUGAGACAGAAAUAUGAGCAUUUGAAUAAUGGACUUGGAGAGGAAGGACAUUACACAUUCUUCAGCGAUGGUCAUGGUGCAAUCUGCUGUAUUAAUACAUCACGACAAUGAAGUGUCAUUUUGGGCAUGAUGGGAAUGAAUUGUUACUGUGGGCAUGAUGGGAAUUAAGUGUUGUUGACAUGCUGGGAAUGAAUUAUUUUUGUUUUCUGUAAGAAAUUACAUGGUCCAUUUCUCUGCAAUGAUGUUGAUAUUGAAACUGAAUCUCUUCACUUUUAAGAUUAUAUAAGAAUGCUAUUCUAUCACUGUAUUUGUAACAUUUACAAAAAAGUUUUCUUUACUUUUCUGGCACAUCAUUUACUGUGAACUUAUUGUAAAGAUGACUUGGUUUAUUAUUAUUCUCUAAUAUUAUGUAAUGUGUUAUUAUGUUAUGUGUUGUUUUAUUAUAUUUACCAAUAUUGUUUUAGAAGUCUUAUACAUUCCACAUUUUUAAAUAGUUAAUCAAAUUUUUUUUGCUCUUGUACUAAUCU